CCCCUCUACCACGCCUCUUCACGCACCCACCACUCUUCGCCCCUUCUUAUCCCUCCCCUCCCGCCCUCCCAAUGCCUUCUUGACCGAUUCGUCAUCCCUCUCCACCGCUCCGAGCCAAGAAGCCCUGAUCUCACGAUCUCGCCAUGAAACGGGGUAAAUCGAAGGCGGAUGCCCCCAAGAAGGCCGAUAGCAAACUUUCGGUCAAGAAGGGACCGGAACGGGCUAGUAAAAAGCCGAGGAAGUCGAAGGCGGACAAGGAUCCCAACAAGCCUAAGAGGCCUGCCAGCGCCUUCUUCGUCUUCAUGGAAGAAUUCAGGAAGUCAUUCAAGGAGAAGAAUCCGAACAACAAGUCGGUCUCUGUGGUUGGUAAAGCCGGCGGAGACAAGUGGAAAUCCCUGUCAGAAGCUGAAAAGGCUCCUUAUGUGGCCAAGGCGGCUAAGUUUAAGACGGAGUAUACCAAGAAGAUAGCUGCAUAUAAUAAGAAUCAGUCUGGCGGAGGAAGUCAUGCUGCCGGGGACGAAGACGAGUCUGACAAAUCCAAGUCUGAGGUGAAUGAUGACGAAGAGGAUGAAGAGGGAACCGAGGAGGAAGAGGAGGAUGAUGAGUGAGGGAAUAGAAGCAAAGGCUCCUGUGGGCUGUGUUAUCCUUUGUUUUUUUUUUGCCUUUGUUCUAGUUCCUAUUUGAAGCAGGACAAUUCUAUAAGAUAUCACUGUCUUCUAUGAUGGCAAAGCCAUGGCCUGGCUCUUCGUCACUAACAUGUACCUAAUUUCAUCUAACGCGAGCUAAUUUAGGGCCCA